ACCGAAUGUUCAUGUCAUGGCUUUGGUUCAGUGUGUUCGGACUCCUAAACCACCGGCUCCAACGCAACUAAAGCCCUUCAUGGCACUUGUCCACCUAGGGGCAAACCUUGGCUCAAAGUGCUCCUCCCCUCCACCUCCACAGCCCGCUCGCGCUCAAAAAUUCCCGUUUGAACAGGCGCUUAUCAAUUGUGAUGAGCAAAUGGAUCAGUACGAGCGAGAAGACAUGCAGGAGCUUGCAUUGACACAUGUUCCGAUCGAUCAACUAUAUAACACUGCGUCAGAAAUCCAAUCUUCCCUGACUCCCCUUCCAUCAUUUGAUGACGCCCUUGCUGAAGCGUUAGUAAAAUGGUUCAAGCCGAACUUUAUGGAAUGGGUUGACCCCAUGCUAUGUACAAAUUCGCUGUGUAAGGAGGAGGUUGACGAUAAAGGACAACCGACCGGCAAGAAAGUCAAGAUGAAAAUGAGACGAAUGGACGGCCCCCGGUCAGCUGAGGAGAAGCAAGGAGGUGCAGGAAGAGUGGAGGUCCAUGCUUGUCCAAACUGCGGAACCGAGUCACGAUUUCCACGAUAUAACUCCUUGGAAUCCCUGAUGAAAAGCAGGAAAGGACGCUGUGGAGAGUUUGCGAACCUCUUCACCGUCUUUCUGCGUGCCAUUGGCUUACGCGCCCGAUAUGUUUGGAAUGCAGAAGAUCACGUAUGGAACGAGUACUACUCGACCGCUCUCAAUCGCUGGGUUCAUCUUGACUCCUGUGAGAAUGCACGGGACCAGCAUCAUCUCUACUCCAAGGGAUGGGGGAAGAAGAUGAGUCUUGUUGUCGCGUUCAGCGUCGAUGGUGGCGCAAUGGACGUUUCUCGCACAUACAUUCCAGAGGAUAAAUGGGACGAGGCUAUGAGGAUGAGACAGUAUAGCGAUACACAGCUCGAAGAGGUACUCCAAAGAAUAAGAGCUAGGAGGAGGGGUUACCUUUCGAAGUCUGAGCUUGAAAGGCUGGAAGCGGAAGAUUACCGAGAUCAUAACUGGUGGAAAGCCUCUAAUAAAUCCGGCGCCGAGGGCAACCAAAUUCCGGAGGGGGAAAGUGGACGAAAGAGCGGGACUACCGAAUGGACGGAGGCGAGAGGUGAGGCUGGGAAGUGACAAAGGACUCAUUUUCUUUGGCAUGUAUAGCUGGUUGGAUCACUUGUAGUUGCAUGGUUAUGGGCUUUACACGCAUCCAUAUCGCCGCGAACAGUGUGGCUCACGUCUUGGUCGAGUUUGCUUCCGUUCGAUGGCGGGACACCUAUUUAGGCCUGACGUGAAACAGCACUGUGAACUAAUUCUCCGCACGGACAUUGACUGGAUACAGCACACUGUUUCUUCACAUUCAUUAAUCGCAUAACUAGCUAUCUAACGGAAACAGUCUCACUAUACAUAAUGCACAUGUUCAUCACGCC